AUGAGGCUAGGAGAAACUUAUCAGCCGGCAAAACAUUUGGUUUCUGAUGCUUGCAGCGUAUGCCGGGAACAGGGCGAUGCGUUUGGGGCUGAGGUUGAUGAUAAGAUGGUUGAGAAGAAUGUGGUUUCGUGGAAUAUGGUGUUGGAUGUAUUUGUUCGGGUUGGUGUUUGGAUUUUGCUUUGGCAUAGAAGAAUCUCGAUGGAAGCCGCAUUAGGUGGUCUCUGUGAAAGACCGGAUGAAGCUAGGAAGUUGCUUAACCGGAGGCCACACAAGAACAUUGCAGCAGAAACAGCAACGAUAUCUGCAUGUGCUAAUAAUGGAAAGAUAGAUGAAACAAGGCAGAUCUUUAUUCAGAUUGCCAUCCAUGAUGGUGUUUGUUGGAAGUUGGAGCACGGUGAUUGCAUCCUUGCAGGCUAUGGUCAGUAUGGCGGAAUAGUUGAAGCUCUAUCUCUUUUCCGAAACAUGACCAACAAGGAUGACGCGGAGGAUCUGCAGGAAACAACUUCAGGCCAAAUUCAAGGGUAUAAGAACCUGUACAUCAUUCUGUCACCGGAAUCAGAGGGUGAUCUGAAUCGAUUGGCAUCUGCUAGUUUUGGUGACAUGGUCAGGGCCACUGUCAAGAAGGGUAAGACCGAAUAUUGA